AUGACCCUGGUUGUUACCCUUUCGCAUUGUCGCCUUCUCUGGGCAAUUUUGGGCUGCUUUACCAUCAAUGUUUUAGCAAUGGAGUCGUCCAGGAUGAGAGGGUUCUCCGGAGGAAGUAUGUGGGGCUCAAGUAGCUUGAGAGGAGGAUACGAGGAUCUUUCUCUUGAGGACAUCCGUAAGGGUGUAGUCGAAAAUUCCUUGGAAGAAUUCACUAAUGCUUACCAGAAGAAACAAAAUGCGUUCAACGCGGAGUACGAGUCUCACAAUACUUUGCCAUUUGGGCGAGUCCUUUACCCGGAUCUCAGACGAGGUAGGCCAUCAACGGUACUGCUACCUGGUACCAAUCCACUCAAAGGACUCGGAGAGAGCGAAUGGACAACACUAUACACGCAUCUGAUCGACGGAUUAUCCAAGAGGUAUCAUGAAGAGCUCAAGUCACUCUCCUUAGUCAAGUACAAAAAAGAGCAAACCAAGUUAUUACAUUGGCUGGACUUUGAGAUCUUUUGGCCUCAGCAUGGCCUUCCAAUCCUAGGAACCUCUCGAAACUCAUAUGGAUUAGAAUCGAUCGAAAACAGCGUGCUCGGAGACAAUCAGGUAGAAUUGAUAAACUAUUUCGCUUGCGGGACUCUAAAUAGACACAACCCAAUACUGGAACCCACAGUAACCAAUCUACUCAAGUCUUACAGAGAUAGUCGAAAUCAUGAAAGAUUUGGGGAUUAUGUUGCGGCAUGCAAUAUCUAUUACUAUAGUCCAGCUAAGAAAUGA